AUGAAGCGGUCACAGGUGGUGGUCUCGUGCGCUUUAACUUCUUUUUUCCACCCAACGCCCUCACGGCUCCAGUGUGGCGGUGGGCGGUGUGGCAGUGGUGGUAGUGGUAGCGCUGGCGGCGUCUCCAACAUUGAGAACUUCGCAAAGAUUCUUUCGCAGGCUAAAAACAGUUCAUCAGCUGGUCAGUCAUCUUCGGAUUUUUUCGAUGGUCGCUUUGUGGGAGGGAACCCCGUCAUGGACCCCUCUAUGCUGCAGGACAUGCACCGUACGCUCAAUCAGUCUCUGACGCCGGAGAUGCGUGAUUCGAUGCGUUCCAUGAUGGAGGGCCUGCGGCGCGGGGAUGGACUGCCGCAAAUGGGUGUGAUGGCGUUUGGUGUCGGGGAAAAUGAAAAGGGCAAGAAGGUUGCCAGGGGUGCAAAGAUGGCGUAUGACCCAAAUACCGGGAAAAUCUCAAAGGACUUUGUUGAGAAGCAGCUGGAGGAUGAUGAUCCCAUGCUACCCAAAGAAACGGUUGGGGACUACAGUACGGAGGGGUGUGUUGAAGUGGAGUUUGAAGAGGACGUGAAGGAGCACGCGAGCAAAUCUGCCGAAACGAUUUCCGAGGUGGAAGUGACGAUUGAAGAAGCUCCAUCCCCUGGGAGUUGCAGCAGCAACAGCAGCAGCGGCGGCAACAAGGAGAGGGCGUGA